CCACCCACAGCAUUGCACACACACACACACACACACGCUCACACACACACAGCGAACAGCGAGGGGGGAAGAGGAGCCACCGCCGAGCCGUAACGGCCCGAUCCACUGCACUGCCAGCCCUGCUCCACUUCCUGCUGCCUGCAGUCUCUUCUUCUCUCUGUGAUGAUGCACACAUUCACAGGGAUUCACUGAGACUGUCUCUUCAGCUUCUGUUUGCGAAGGGGUUAAAACGAAACCUUUUUUUUCUCUCUCGUGGCGACGGAUAAGUGGCGCACGGAUUUUUUUUUCGCUCUCGUUUUUUGCUCGCCUCCACAUCUUUGCAGUAAGAAGAAUUCCGGCACCUUUUUUAAAAUCGUGUUUGCGAGAAGAGAAGAAGAGCUAGGCGGAAAAUGGGCUGUUUGGGCAACAGCAAGACCGAAGACCAGCGCAUCGACGAGAAGGCUCAGCGAGAGGCGAACAAAAAGAUAGAGAAGCAGCUCCAGAAGGAGAGGCAGGCGUACAAAGCCACGCACCGGCUGCUGUUAUUAGGCGCUGGAGAAUCCGGAAAGAGCACCAUUGUCAAGCAGAUGAGGAUCUUGCACGUCAAUGGCUUUAACGCAGAAGAAAAAAAGCAGAAAAUCUUGGAUAUCCGAAAAAAUGUGAAGGACGCCAUUGUGACGAUAGUAUCGGCUAUGAGCACCUUAAUACCCCCAGUGCCACUCGGCAACCCGGCCAACCAGUUCCGAGUCGACUACAUAAAGAGUAUAGCCCCGCUCUCAGACUUCGACUACACAGAGGAGUUUUUCGAGCAUGCCAAACAGCUUUGGGAUGAUGAGGGCGUGAAGGCCUGCUUUGAACGCUCCAACGAGUACCAGCUCAUCGACUGUGCACAAUACUUCUUGGACAGAAUUGAUUCAGUACGACAGAAUGACUACACACCAACAGACCAGGAUUUGCUUAGGUGCCGAGUUUUGACUUCAGGGAUUUUUGAGACACGAUUUCAAGUAGACAAAGUCAACUUCCACAUGUUUGAUGUGGGAGGUCAGAGAGAUGAGAGGAGAAAGUGGAUCCAGUGCUUUAAUGAUGUGACGGCCAUCAUCUUUGUGGCAGCCAGCAGCAGCUACAACAUGGUGAUCAGAGAAGAUAACAGCACUAACCGCCUGCGCGAGUCCCUAGACCUGUUCCGCAGCAUCUGGAAUAACAGGUUUUUACGGACCAUCUCGGUGAUCCUCUUCCUGAACAAACAGGACAUGCUGGCGGAGAAGAUUCUGGCUGGCAAAUCCAAACUUGAAGAUUACUUCCCCGAGUAUGCUCGCUACACAGUCCCUGCUGAAGCCACCCCUGACCCUGGGGAGGACCCAAGAGUCACCAGGGCUAAGUUCUUCAUCCGGGAUGAAUUUCUGAGGAUCAGCACAGCGAGUGGUUCGGACAAACACUACUGCUACCCGCACUUCACCUGCGCCGUGGACACGGAGAACAUCCGUCGCGUCUUCAACGACUGUCGUGACAUCAUCCAGAGGAUGCACCUCCGCCAGUACGAGCUCUUGUGAUUCGCCGCCGCAGCCAGUUGCUCCUCAGAUUGGAUCGUUUCUUUUCCACUCCCAGAUCGCAGCGGGAUUAUGUGAACUACUGACAAGUGACAUUGUUGUCAUGUGAUUUAUUUUUUUCCUCUUUUGAUGCUUUUUCCUCCGUUUCAUCUCCUUAUUUAUAGCCUGUAUUUCUGAGACGAGCGUGAGGUGUAUGUGUGUGUGGGCGCGUGUGUGAGUGUGUGUGCACCUGAAGAUGCUGUUUGAGUUGCAUUUUUGAUCACUCAAAGGUCAUUCCUGUUUUCAUCCUUUUUUGUUCUGUUUCUCAGUCUUGAGGACUUUUCCGAUUUUUACUUUCUGCUAGCUGUGGUUGGACGUGGACCAGCUAACCUAACGGAAACCUGUGGUAAUUUCAGGCACGUUAGUCUGAAGGUAGUCUGACGUUUGACCUCUUCUCCGCAAAUCUUGUGGUCUUUUUUAGUAGAAUACUUGACGUAGGGGGUGGAUAAAUGCACUUUGCAUCAGGUUCCUUAAAUGAAGGCCAGGAAGCAUAAUUCACUAUGUAGCACCGCCAUAUUUAUUAUUCUUCACUUUUCCUCUUUAGUAUUUUUUUUUUAUGUGUUUUGCCUUUCUUUGCUCGGUUUUCUGUCAAGAGUGCAGGGUUGCAAGGAUAGCCAGGGGGGUUGGAAUUGUCCAUUGAGCACAGACUAGGCGUAGGAGUGGUGGAUUGUUGGACUUGUAGUCCUCUGCACCUCUUGGCCAAUAGGCAGUAGCUGCUUUCUGCCUAGGGAGAACCACCACACUUGAUUGGCCAAUCGAUACCUCUCGUAGAACAAGGGGGAGGUGUCUCGAUAUGGUGGGCGCUAGUCCUAUAUAAAUAUAUAUAAAUAAAUAUAUAAUAUAUUUUUUGGGGGGUUGUUUUAUUAUCCUAAGGAACGUGCAAGGUUGCUUUAUCUUGUACAGGCCUGCAAAAUGUAAUGUUAUUUUGUACAACUUCAUUGAAAAAGAGAAAAAAAACAAAAAAUAAAAAAAAAACAAACUUUGACUUGUAGAAGCUCCUCGUGCCUUUGAUUACGGCUGUACCUGUAAAUGGGGAUUUAGAUGUAAGUACAUUUUUGACAGCGUUGUACAGCUUGAUGUCAAAUCUUAACCGCAGCACAGCCUGCUGAUGGGGAAUCUGUCUCUCUCUCUCUGUAGAAACGCAUUUUCUUCUCUGGUUUAUAAAGAUUGACAAAACAAUAUGGUCUUUAGUAUAAAAAGAAAAUUAGGCAAAAAAAUCUUGUAUACAAUAUGCAAAAUUAACCACUUGCUGAUGUUGAGAAGUUGCAGAUAUAGAGUACAUGCCUUUUUUCUUUUUCUUUUUUCCUUCUUCGAGUUUCAUUUCCCCUUUCUAGGACUCAUUGACAGCUUUAAAAAUCCAUUGGAAAAUCCUUGGCAGUGUCCAAACUUGCAGCCUGCUGAUGUUUUGAGUAGGAAGCAUCUUUUUAGACAUGAACUGUGUGUGCGUGUGUGUGAGGCGUGUACACAGGGUUACAGCGGGGAAAUGUGCGUAUGUGCGUGUGCCUGCAUGCAUGUGUGCAUGUGUACACCAACAUACCCACACAUUGUGUUAUGCCCAGAAGUUGUACAUCUGCAUUUUUAUAUUUAUAUGUGUACAUAUACAUUUAUAAAAAGUUACAAAAGAAGCUAUAUUCUAUAAAUAUAUAUGUACAAUUAUACAUAGAAUGUGUGUGCCUACGCGUAUACAUAUUUAUGAAUGUCUAGCGAGGUCGUUUAUGCACAGCCAUGCAUAUACAUAGGUGUACUUUAGAAGGAAGGAGGAAGGCGAGAGAGAUUAUUGGUUCGUCGACCGUCCCUUCAACUUUCAGGACAGCGCGGUGUUCAGAACAUGUAGGCACUGACCGUCUCACGUCACAGCCACAGAAAUUCGCACAGCCUUUUCAGCCUAAACGCUCAGUACUGGACAGUCUAAUGUGUAAGAGUAGCACUAGCAGGUCGUGCCAUCAAUCAGACUGAAGUUAUGUAAAAAGCUUGGCAGAAAGAUUGUGCCCUCAUUGACCCUCGUUUUUAAUAUGUAAUCACACAUACGGUACCAGUCAGCAGUUUGGCGAUACGUAUAGGUUUUCUUUGUAGUUUUUUUUUCCACCAAUUUCCACAUUUUACUAUAACAAUGAAGAUCAGAACUAUAUAAUACUUCAUAUGGAAUGAGUCAGAAAUCUUUCUACAAGGGCUGAAAGAUUAAUCUUCACAAUUUGAAAGAGUGCAAUUUCCAAAUCGCAAGAGCUACGAUUUUAAUUAUAUCCUACAUUAAUCCCAGUUUUCUUAACAAGUUUUAAGGGGAGAAACAUGACCUUAAAAUGCAGAGCUUGUGAACUGGCAUUCUGGCACACUACAUUGUGCUCAAGCCUUAAGCCUGAAAAAAUGGAUGUGCUGCAUUUCUUGGUGAAAAAGGUCUAGAGCUUAAUCUAAAGAAAUUAAUAGCAUUUAAAUGCCAGUCACAAUAUUGAUCAGAAAAAUCGCAAUUAGAUAUUUUCCACAAAUCAUUCAGCCCUACUUUCCUCUAAAUUGGAAUAUUUAGACACCACCCUCCCUCGUUACAACGCAACUGAUAGGCUGAAAGGUAUUAACGAGGGCGGACAUUUCACUAAUUAAGUUUACAUUUUCCGACGCUAAAUUUUACUGAAGUCCUACAUGAAAACUACUUGUUUUUUUUUGUUUUUGUUUAGGACAUAAAUUGAUACAUAGGCGUCAAAUUGAAUAUUUUUGUCGUAGAAAAAAACUAAACUUUUUAAGCAUAAGCAUUUAGAUCAAAAUUAAAAAAAAACAUACAAUCAAGUUUGCCAGACUUUUGACUAGUAGUGUAUAUUGUGUUUUCCUGUUUACAUCCAUUAUUUCUGUGAUUUUCUAAAAAUUAUUUUAGGCUUUAAAGGGAUUUUGGCCAUCAAACUACGGUAAGGUGAAAUUUACUUAUUAAUCAUUCCAUUUAAAAGAGAGACCUUUUCUGCUUGUCUCUUCACACUAAUCUGUUCUACGUCUUUUUAUUUUAUUAUUAAUUACCCAAGGGGAUUUCAAACUAAGCCAAGUUCACCUAGACCUCUAAAUGAAAAUAUAUUGCUUUUGUUUACUUAUUUUCUUUCAUUUUCAGAGCAUUAGCAUCACGUCAGUGACAUUUUUUCUCUCUGUACUAAUUCAUUAUACAUCAAUUUUACUUUCAAUCUGUUCACCAUCAAACUACACCCAGGUCACCAAAAUGUUUUUUAUUGAUGUAUUUUUUUUUCAUUUUUAGAGCAUUAAAAUCCUGUUGGGGAGACUUUAUUUGCUCCAUAUCUUUGCACUAAUCUGCUAUACAUAGCUUUCCACCAUCACCUUCCAUGUGAAUUCAGUAAAGCAUGUCAGAUCCAUUUCAUUUUAGAGCACUGGUCUGUACUUCUGAGCCACAUUUCACUUCAGCAUAGACAAAUCGAUGAAUGAGACAGUCUGAAGGCUGUAUUGAAUGACUUUUGUACCUGCCUACAGCUUGCACACAGAAGUGAAGUCGAAACAGUUAGAAAUGUCCAUUGAGGUUUGCCUAAAAAGCUCCAAAACACAUCUGCCCACCGUUUUUUAGACUGAUCCACUGUCCAGGUGACUGGAAGAGGCUGUGUGUUGACUCUGGCUGUACAGUGAGGCUACAGCACUGCUAGAUAGGCUAGAUUCUCUUUCCUCUGAGGCUUCUACAUGUUCAAAAGAGUGAUGACUGAGUGAAGGAAAAACAAAACAAAACAAACAAAAAAAAACUGUGUCUGGCCUUCAAGGACUUAAACAUUUUUUGGUUGUUGUUUCUUAAUUUUUAUUUUAAUAAAGAGGCACAUUAGAAGACCUUUGUCUUUGUUUAGAAUGAGAAUGUCAGGAGAAAUGUAAUUUUGCAAAUAAAAUACCUCUAAAAGAAA